AAACGUCUGUUGAACUUACAUAUAUACAACUCUCUUUCUCUAUAAACGUGAACUUAUGUAUUCAGAACAGUACAAGUCUGAUCUAACUUUAGAAAUUGAUUUUGUAUCCAAAUAGCGCUACUACAAAGUAGAUAAUUUAUAUAUAUCUAAAAAUAAUAGUUUAUGCAUUAAACCAAUUGAAGAAAGGAAAUAUGCAAACAGUGCGAUUGUUAUCGGGGUAUGACAUGCCCACUGUGGGUUUGGGUACAUGGCAGGCUAAACCUGAAGAAAUUGAAAAAGUUGUGAUAGCUGCUCUAGAUGCUGGCUAUAGACACAUUGAUACUGCAUUUAAUUAUAAUAAUGAAGAAGCAAUAGGAGCAGUAUUAAAAGAAUGGUUUAGAAAAGGUGGAAAGCGCGAAGAUCUUUUUAUUACUUCAAAGUUACCUAAUUUUGGUAAUCGACCAUCAGAUGUAGAGAAGUUUAUUAAUUUAUCACUGAAAAGACUUGGUUUGGAUUAUUUGGAUAUGUAUUUAAUCCACAUGCCUUUUGCCUUUAAAUUAGAUGAAAGUACUUGUACCUCAGCGAUUAAUGAAGAUGGAAGUUUUAUGUUGGAUCUUGAUACAGAUCCUGUUUCAGUGUGGAAGGAAAUGGAAGAACAAGUAAGAAAAGGUCGUACAAAGUCUAUAGGUUUAAGUAACUUUAAUGAAAAACAAAUUUUAAAUAUAUGGGAGAAUGCACAAAUUAAGCCAAGUAACUUACAAGUGGAAUUACAUGCAUAUCUGCAACAAAAUUCGCUACGGCAAUUGUGUCAAACGCACAAUAUCAUUAUAACAGCCUACAGCCCCUUGGGGUCACCAGGAGCUAAAACGCAUUUUCAAACGAAAUAUAAUCAUAAUGUUGAAGACUUUCCAGAUGUUCUGGGACAUCCAAUAGUACAAAAAAUAAGCACAGAACAUAAACGAUCACCAGCACAAGUUUUACUACGUUACUCAUUACAAUUAAAUGUUGUUGUAAUUCCAAAAAGUAAAUCUCCCGAGAGAGUUAAGGCAAAUAUUGAUUUAUUUAGUUUUUCAUUAAAUGAAGAAGAAAUGAAAAUUUUGAGUACCUUAGACAAAGGUGUACGUGGAAGAAUUUUUAAUUUCUUGUUUUUUAAGGGGGUCGAGAAUCAUCCACAUUAUCCAUUCAAGGAUGAAUUACAGUCCUAAAUAAAAAAAAAGAUUAUUAAGGUGUAGUUCGAAUUGUAAUCUGUACAACAUUUUACGUUGCAUACGAUGCUGAAGUUCUCCACGUCGUAUCAUUGUGUGUAUAACUUUGUAAAUAGCACGUUCUGGAUAUGCUUGUUUUACAAAAUCUUUAACAAUAUUUUGCUCUGACACUUG